AUGACUUCGACUUCGAGCUCCCUUUCCUCCCGAGCCGCCUUCUGGGUGAGCCCCGAGAGGAUCGCCCUGGCAGUCAUCGUUGCGGCUUCAAUCAGCGCCGCUCUUCUCGCAUUCGGACCUCAGUCGCCGACACCUCCAGGCAUCCUCCGCAAGGAUGCGCCAGUGGUGGUUGUGCCUCAAGCGCCAGGAUCCCUGAUGCGCCGCGAGCCACGGACCGAGCUACCGCCGGUGGUGCCAACAGAGCGCCCGGUCGAGUGGGGGCACCUGAUGCGCAAGGAGGCGAAGGAUGCAGUUCCUGUUGUGACGGAUCGAGGCUCAGGUUCCACCAUGUACGUCGCGGCGGUAUUUGCGGUUCUCGCGGUUUGGAGCUUCGGGCAACAACUCAGGAGCACCUGGAAGCUGCUUCUCCAGGGUUCUGGAUUUCACGGCAUGCUUGCGAAGAAGCAAUGA